GCAGCGUUGGCUCCAUUUUGGAUUUUAAGGUUAAGAGACGUUGAGUGAUCGACAGAGACAGAGGAGAGAGAAAAAAAAGAAGAAAAAUACAUUUAACGAGAAUGUCUCGAUACAGGGAUAGUAACCUGGAAGGAAAAAUUUAUGUUGGAGACUUGAGUCGUGAUGCUUGUGAGAAGGACUUGGAGAGAGCAUUUGAAUAUUAUGGCAGACUGAGAAAUGUUUGGGUUGCGCGCAAUCCAGCAGGGUUUGCCUUCGUUGAAUUUGAAGACCCAAGAGAUGCUGAUGAUGCAGUACGAGGCAUGGAUGGAACAUCAAUCUGUGGCUCCCGAGUUCGAGUAGAACAUUCUACAGGGAAAGUUCGACCAAAACCUUGGUUGCGUGGUGGCAGACCCCCCAGGUCAGGUGGAGGAGGGGGAGGUCGUCGACCUUUUCAUCCAGAUGACAAAUGUUAUGAAUGUGGUGGAAGAGGUCAUUAUGCAUAUGACUGCACACGCAGAGGGAGGUCCAAUAGGGGUUCUAGAAGAUCCAGAUCUCGGUCCAGGUCAAGGUCCAGAUCACCAAGGAGACGUAGUUAUUCCAGAUCUCGCAGUAGAAGUGUUAGCAGACCCAGAUACCGCACCAGAAGUAGGACAAAGAGCAGAUCCUCUUCCCCACCUAGAAGGCGGACCAGGAGUGUCAGUAGAGAGGGAAGUUCUAAGCAUGAUGAACGCUAGAAUUCCAGACAUGUCAUGUUCCAUCCAUGCAAGACUGACUUUUUGUGAUCAUGUAUGACACCUCAUUUUUGAACAUUGUAAAAUGAUUUGAACACGAGAAAACCAUGACUUUUUUAGUCACGUCAUCAACUUUACAUAGCAAAUGUUUGAUGAAGUAUCUGUGAAGGAUAUCUUUCUUUGCAUUGAUGUUUUUAUUCCAUUUUUUCAUGAUUUGUUGCAGUCAUACAUGCACUCUCUUUUUUUUUUUAUUAAGUUCAUUUUGAUGUGUAUAGUAUAUCUCUUGCAAAAUGUUUUAUUCUACAAUAUAUCACUUGCAUAAAUUGUUUAAAUGCAGGAAUGUAAUAAAGUUUUGAAUACUGGCAAAAAUAUCUACUGAACUAAAAAUCAUCAUUAGAUUAAAUCAGUGUUAGAAAGUAUAUUUAUGUAAGAAUAUCUAGACUGAAUAUUGAAUAUUUCAAAGAAAGGUUUAAGAGUAUUUCCAGUUUAAGAAUUGAUACAUGAACAUUGAUUUUUCAGUAUGUUGAGUUUGUUUUACAGAAUGUUUUGUAUGAAACGGUAAUAAACAUGUAUAAAGAUU